AUGGCUAUGUAUUGUGAAUCGUCUCAAUCCGGUAAUAAUUCGGUUAUAAUCGUUGGCGACAGUCCCGCCGAUAUCUUAGCGGCCCUACGCCUUUAUCAAUACAAUAACAUAUUACCUACUAUCUACGAAAUUCGCACGGAGCCCACUACUCUGGGUGGCGUGAUUGGUAUUCCGUCGAAUGGUUCGGGACUGUUUCGUCGACUGAGGCUUUGGGAUGCCCUUCGAGCCCGAGGAGUGGAAACGUCUACUCUGUCCGUGCAUGCGGUCAAGGGUCAUGUAAUCAGCGAGAUGGACAUAACCUCCUGGAGCUGGAAAAAGACUGGAUUUGAAUAUUUAAGGACAUGGAGAAUUGAUCGUAUGGAAGUCCUCUGCCAGGAGGCCCACAACGCCGGUGUCAUCAUUCAUCACCGUAAGCGCUUGAGGGGCAUUGAGGAAGAUGAGGAAGGUAUUAGUGUUUCCGACGGCACCCGCGACAGAGCAGAUCUCCUCCUUAACUGUGAUGGUAUCCACUCCAUGUAUGCUUAUUGGUUCUUUUCUCGUGAGGUUCGUAUCCCGGCGGAGGGUGACACGAAAUGGGAGUCGGAAUGGGGCAGGACCCUACGGGAGGUCGUCAAACUGACCCAAGUGCUCAAGUUCUGUCCAGUGUUUCGACUGCCGUUAGGUGGAAAUUGGUCCAAAGAACGAUGUCUCAUUAUCGGUGAUGCAACUCAUGCGAUCCAACCUCAUGCUAGCCAAGAAGUUUCAAUGGUGUUGGAAUAUAUUUUCCUCCUGUCUCAGAUGCUAGCUACCCAUCCACACUCGCUUAGUGCGGUCUUCAGAGUGUACGAAGAAAAACGAAGGGCGCGAGUGGACGAGAUGCACAAGGCUGCGGAACGGAAUGGCAACGUGCUGAAGAAAGACCGGUCCCUGGGUCUGUGGCUCAAGGAGCUUGUGACUUCAAGAGACCUGGGGAUUUAUGACUUAUUCGCGCUGGACAAAUUAGGGUUGGGCCAGAAGGCGAUGGCUUAUAAUAUCGAGGAGGAUAUUCUUAGAUAUUCGAAGGACGCAGGUCACUUUGUCGGUUACAGGUUUAGCAUAAAGAGCUUUUAG